UCCUUAUAGUUCGGUGAAUACGUCAUCACCCGGCGACAAAUGUGUUAUUGCUGUCCUACAAGCUACUGUCGAAGUAGCCUCUUCACCAAAUAGAGUUUUUGGUCAAGGUGACUGCUGUGUUUCUUUUUUUGUCUCGAUGACGGCCUCCACUCGCAGGACGGUGUUGUCACUGUACAUGCGGGUGUUUCGCAUCGCAAGAAGCUGGCAGGCACAGAGUGGAGUUGCAAGUGACACGGAAACAGAGAAGAAAUACAUGCUACAGGAGGCCUCCACUCUGUUCAGACAGAACCAGCAGCUCACAGAUCCAGAAUCAAUAAAGAGGUGUUUAGAAGAAUGUGAAGCAAGAAUAGAAAUAGGACUACAUUACAGGAACCCAUAUCCGAGGGCUAUGCACCUGCCUCCGCUGGGACUGGCAACUCAGAAAGGCAGGAAGCUGCGAGCGCAGCAGCGCCUGAGGAAGCAGGCCAAGCCGGUGUACUUACAGUCACAUGAUGACAGCUGAUGCUCCACAUCUUCGCUCCCCGCCAACAGUUCAAGUUACCGCGGGCAGGAAACCAGAGUGCACAAGUUCACAAGCUGAUCUCCAGGGCUGAGUUGCAUGCACUCAAUGAUGCACAACACCCGUCGUUCAGACACAAGCCAUUUCUAAUUGUCGGUGUUUUUUUUUUUUACUGUACAUUUUGAGUUCUGACUGUAGUGGAAGAGUGUCGACCUGUAAGGAUGGAGUGACCCUUAAUAUAAGAUCAAGUUGUAUAUUUUAUUUAUUUUUACGUGUAAAGAUUGUUGUAAUAUAUACUUCACGUUCUCUUACAUCUAUUAAAAAACACAAAGUUGUC